CCCGCUAUGAAUGAGGGAGGUAGGCUGGGGGGGUCCGACCGCCGCCGCCAACAUCACCACCACUACCACCACAGCCGCCGCGGCCCGGCGCACGCCGCACACCAGCACCGGUCUCCUAGAGCGUUUAUUUUCUUUUCCUCGAAGCACACAGCCAGCCAGACUGGAUGCGUGGUGGUCUGUCGAGAUGCUUCGGCGUUGGCAACUAAACUAACUCGUUGUCGUGAUCGUCGCCGGAGGAACCGUGCUCAGAGCUGUCCUUCUUGGCAUCACGUGCAUCCUUGUCGGCUGUCUCAGCAGGCGAGAUCGACUCCUGUUCUCAGGACAUCGGACAUCUCUGAAGCGGGUCCUUCUCUGAUUCCGAGGCCGACGACAUUCAAGGAACAUCAGCGCCAAUCGUUGCUUCAUGUCAGAUAUCGACGGAGAAGGCCUCGAGCUGCGCCGUUUCGCGCGAUGAAGCGAAAAGUGACCCGCCCAAGGUCCAGGUUACCUGUCUACCUGGAAUUCGGGGAACGCCGACGGCUGCAACGGUGUUGGCGGCACUGUCCCUGACUUCGACGUUCCGGAAUUGACGACGAGUUUUGGUGCGCUCGUUUUAUUUUUCUUUUAUUUCUGCGUGUGGCCUGCUUUUGAAAGUGCAAGUGCGUGUGUGUUUGUGGUUCCACGCAGCUGUCGCUGCGGCUUGUUUUUCUUCUUUUUUUUUUCCUGUCGCGCGUUGCACCGGAGGAUGACGUGACGGACCUCUACGCGACUUCAUCUCGUCGACGUGCGCCGUUGCUCCGAGUACCUCUCGACUGACAGUUGCUACUUUAUUUUCUUCUUUUCAUCGUCUUUCUGGCAACCACUUUGUGACAGCUUCGAUCGCUGACAUUCACGCCACAUCAUUUUGUCGGCUCUCUAUCGACACCCUCGCACAGCGGACGCAAGAGGGAAUAGACUCAGCCAAAAAAGGAGGCUCGUACUUCAUGGUUCGGGGAUCUUCGUCGGGCAACGUCGUAUCGACGAGAACGCGGCGGCGCGGCACGGCGGAAGAUGUGAAGCAACGCGUCAUGCCGGGCGCCGCCGCCUCCACGGCGUUUGUGCCCGCUUCGAGGAUGGUCCGCGCCGGCCUGGUGGUGAUCGCGCUGGCCCUGGCGGGCCUGCCACCCACCGCCAUGUCCCUGGGCACGUGGAUCAACAUGGGCCUUCAAGGCAUCGACGUGCUGCAGAACCCGCAGAUGUACGUGCUGGGAGCGCAUCUGCUGUGCGGCCAGCUGCAGCUGGGUCUGUCCCGAGGCCAGACCAAGCUGUGCCAUCUGUACGAGGACCACAUGCCCCACGUUGGCCGUGGAGCACGCAUGGGCAUCGGCGAGUGCCAGCACCAGUUCAGGCACCGCCGGUGGAACUGCUCCACGGUGGCUGACACGAGCGUAUUCGGACCCGUGCUCAACAUACCGAGCCGGGAGGCGGCCUUCGCGCAUGCAGUGGCGGCUGCCGGCGUGGUGCACGCCGUGUCCCGUGCCUGCCGCGACGGGCAGCUGGGCAGCUGCGGCUGCUCGAGCGAGCUGCGACCCGACAACCUGCACCGCGACUGGAUCUGGGGCGGAUGCGGCGACAACGUGGCCUACGGCUACCGCUUCACCGAGGGUUUCGUCGACGUGAGGGAGCGGGAGCAGAACCACCCUCGAGGGUCGCUGUCCCAGGGACGGAAACUCAUGAACCUGCACAACAACGAAGCCGGUCGAAGGGCGGUGAUCCGGAAGAUGCGCCUGACGUGCAAGUGCCACGGCGUGUCCGGCUCGUGCUCGCUGGUGACCUGCUGGAAGCAGCUGGCACCCUUCCGCGAGGUGGGCGACCACCUCAAGGACAAGUACGACAGCGCCACCGAGGUCAAGCUCAACAGGCGCGGAAAGCUGCAGGUGCGCCACCGCAAGUUCAACGUGCCCACGCUCGAGGACCUCGUGUACCUGCAUGAGUCUCCGGACUACUGCGUCUACAACGAGACGCUCGGCUCCCUGGGCACCACGGGACGUCGGUGUAACAAGACCUCGUCAUCCACAGAUGGCUGUGGUCUCAUGUGCUGCGGCCGGGGUUACAACAGCCACAAGCUGAAGCUGCGCGAGCGAUGCAAGUGCAAGUUCCACUGGUGCUGCUACGUGGAGUGCAAGACUUGCGUGAGCGUCAUCGACGCGCAGACUUGCAAAUAGUGGACAAGCUGGGAACUUCUCGCCACGGAACUUGAGUUUGGGAGUGAAGCAUGCGCCCCACCAAGCGCGGCAAACCAUUCUCUUCGGGGUACAAUCUCGGCCUUAGCUGAAACUCAUCGGUCGACGUGAACAUUUUCGCACGGUUCAGAGACCUCGAGGUCCACCACAAGCUACUUACGUCUUGUAUCUUAGUUCGUAGUUGACGUCAGUACGCCUGGUGCACGUCGGACGAAAGCGGGUUUACAUAUGAAAGACAUUUUCCAGCUUCAUUGGUGGGUUUCCUUUUCACAAAAGUGGAGAUUUCCCGAGAACUGCCUCUUUUUGGGGAAAGCCGCAUGCUUUAACGGUUACGAGUAGAAGAGCUGGACGUGUCCUGCAAGAUCUUCUCUAGCGACAUCACAUGGCUGGACAUGCACCUGAUGAAUCGACUCGACAUUCGCCUUUGCGUCGCUUAGAUGGACCGCGGUCAAGCUCGCGAGCAUAAACCAAACCAAAAGCAACAACACCACCAUCACUACCUUCGCCAGCAAGCCGCCAUGGGAAACUCCUGCUACUUAAGAAGAGACGUCAUGGGAGUGCGAAGAAGGAACGAUUAAGCGGUCACAAGAUCUGGGUUGCUCUACAGAAGAGAUCAACAGCGUCGGUUUAUCGAUGCAUUGACCAAAUCACGAACUGUUGGUUCGAACCUCGGUAAGACUUGCGAAGACACUGAAGAAGGCUUCAGGCUUCAGCUCCCCAUCGAGGUGAUGAAAUUGUCCCUGUGAAAGUCGUGUCUUUUGUACUGCUGCUACUGCAACCAGUGAAACUGUCAUGCUAGGACUCACGAGUGAAGCAAAGCCAUCGAUCGUUUUCAGAGACUCGCACCUUUUCUGGCGUCAUUGUGUCACGUUUUCUUAUCUGUCUCCUGCAGAUCGUUAUCAGCAUGUUUAUCUCAUGAAUGUUGCCUUGAAAAAAAGGUUCCUCUAACAAGGAACUGCGUGCAUUUUUUUUUUAUUCUGUCCAUGUGCCGUUUUCGUGACAACGUGCUUCCGUUUACCACUGCUGAAAAAAAUGUAUGCCCUCGAUUUAUUCACUAUAAUCGCGUAGAUUAUUUAUUGUGUUUCAAGCAUGCACCGCACAAUUUCGUCACGUCUGUGCCGCCGUUAGUGCUCCGUAGUUCUAAAGUGUCGCACUGUACUGCUUUUUGUUCCAUAUGUGCGCCCAAUGAUGCCAAGGUAUUCAUUACGGGCGAACUGCAUCGUGACCAGAUGUGUUUCUAGGCGAGUUGGUUCAUGGUACGUCUUGUUCAUUGAUGAAAUCGCUUGCGUAUACAUGAACGCACCGGGGAUGUAUUGUCACAUUUACUCCCACUCCGGCUACAAAACCCGUGAACAGUCACUGUAUACACAGCAUUUCAAGGUAUAUCCGCCAUCACUGGACCACAAUCCAUGCACGGAUAAGCAGGAGUUCAGCUAGUCACGAGACACGCGUCUCUGACUUGCUUACAAGGUGGGGAAAAAUUAUUGUAAAAAUGGAAUGCCCCGCACGUUCAUGUAGAAACGUCGUCGCUUCUAACGUCGACUGAAAGAAACGCCUUAAUAAUCUAAUAUUCAACUUAACUCGCAGCCUGUAAUCCUUGUAAGGUGGCAUGAAUCGCCCGUCGGUACUACAGCCCAACGGGCAGCGAACGUCAAGAAAAUAUGGAGAACAUCCCACCGUCCGCGUGUGAUCGGUAUCGUACCUGAAUAACAACAGGUCAAAAUGAUGGACAGCUUGAAUAGCCAUGUUCCUUGGACACCAUCCUAACCGCCGAACGCCGCUAACAAACACUGUUAGAUGCCAUGAAUGCACCAUAAAAUUUUGAGUCUAUGAAUAAACAGUCUCCGUGGAAACAAAAAAAAAGUUUUACGGAAAGAACAAAAAUACUCAUUUGGUAAUUAAUUAACCAAAUAAAUACCUCGUCCACAAUGCUGACAUACCAUUAUCUAACUUUCACAAUCACCUGCAAUUGAGCUAAAAAGCUAUUGUAGGAAGUCUCAAUGUCAUCUGGUUAACACGGAAAUUUCAAAAUCCACCGCAAAGGUCGCGGGAUCGAAUCCCGGCCGCUGCGACCGCAUCUCGAUAGAGAAAAAAAAAUGCUAGAGGCCUAUUUGCUAAGAUUUAGGUCCACGUUAAUGAACCCCACGUAGUCGAAGUUUCAGGAGCCCUCCACUACGGCGUCUCUCAUAAUCAUAUCGUGGUCUUGAGACGUAAAACCCCAACAAUUAUUAUUAAAUUUUAAAGCGCAGAAGAAUACCGUGGUAGCAUGCAGUUAAAGCCUUCCGCAUUAGGCGAGUUUUUGUCACCGUAAAGCACCAAUUUAAUGGCAGAUGCUGAUGUAAGUGAUUGCGGAGUCGUGCACAAACUUGAUCAGGCGCCAAGAUUCUAGAGUAUUGAGAGAUAACCUUCUUUUCGCGAGGUAGCCAUAACCUUGAAACCCUGGUCAGGACUUGUACAGCAACCACAUCAUACACACACACACACAUGAACUGUAGGGAUCGAUAGCUCUGGCCAUAAUGUGUGGAGUACCCGAUCCCCCUUUGACGAAUGUUGUACCCACUUCGGAUGCAAGAUGCGCGCGAGUGAGUGAGGAAAGCGCACACAGUGUCAAGCUUCAUGAAGCAUGCGGAACGCUUUCGCAGACAGGUAAUAGUUAUAAGUGCAAAGCUAGUUUUCUCAUACCAGAAAAAAACAACUCGGUGUGUGUUUUCUCAUCGUAAGCUUUCAGCACUCGUUCUUACUCAUACUCUUGCUUUCCAAUUUUAUGUACAUUGCUUACGCAACGCGUAGCACCAUAUUGUAUUUUGUAAAUAAAGUUCAUGUGGAUAUGUA